AGAAGCUAAGGGGAGCCGGAUAUAUAUCGAAGAUGGCUGACUGGGGCCCCGUGCUGAUCGCGGUGCUCUUCUUCGUGCUCCUCACGCCGGGGCUGCUCUGCCAGAUCCCCGGCAGCGGCCGAGGCGUGCCGGAGUUCCACAGCAUGCGCACCAGCGGCGUCGCCAUCUUCGUCCACACCCUCCUCUUCUUCGGCUUCUGCGCCAUCUUCAUGGUCGCCGUCGGGGUCCACCUCUACGCCGGCUAGCUAGCUAGCUAGCUAGCUAUAGCUAGUAGGGCACCAAUUGAUCCUUCCAUCCAUCCAUCGAGUGCACGUGCACCACGUUUGCUUAUAUUCAUCCCAUGUUACUCUCUUUCCUUUUUUUUUUAUUUACCGCUAUACUAUAGUCUACAUACAUGAGUAUUAUAUCUCGUGCUUAGUACCUAGGAGAAGGCUGCAACUAAUGAAAAUUACUUAUCUAUUCUCUCUCUGUAUGAUACUAUUUCCU